ACUAAGUCUUCCGGUUUAUAAAACCACAACACAUGAACACAAGACUACGCAUGUAUCACUCUUCAUCAUUUGUACAUGACACUAUAGCUACAGAAGCUGACUAGUGUGGAGACAAAUAAGAUUUUGAAUGACCGCUGUUGUAAACAUGAGAGGCCAGUUGAACCAAGUCUACACAUCUCAUCAUGGACAGGGGUAAUCGCCAUUUUUCCAAGCUGCUUUUUAUCAGAACAUGGAUAAAAGUGAGUCCUGCCAUGGCAAAAUGCCUCCUGGUUGGACCAGAGACGUCAGGCAGCGACAAACAGGCAAGACCGCAGGCAAACUAGAUGUCUAUGUCAUGAGCCCACAAGGCCAGAGGUUUCGAUCAAGAGCUUCCCUGAAAGCAUUCCUUAUGAAAAAUGGUGAAGACAUCGACAUCAAUCUCUUUGAUUUCACAUCAACCAAAAAAGAUGUCACCUCUUUGCAAAAACAGAGAAAAAAGAAAACGCGCACAAGAGGUGGACAGAAGGACACAAGACAAACAUUGGAUCUUGUCGAUGGUGACAUUGUGAAGGAGGAUCCUAAAAAAGCAAUGUGGGAGUGCAAUGACUCAGGUGACAGGAGUCUGCACACCAGCUGGAGGCAAGCAGAACCUACACCAGUGUAUGAUGAUGAUGUCACGCUGCAGAAGAGCCCUUUGAGGGCGAAGCUUCUCAGACUGGAUGCUCUUGGAGCUUCACAAGAAAAUGAGACAGUUUUACCAUCUCUGAAUGUUGAACCUCCCACUGAGGAUGAAGAUGAAGUGCGGAUUGACACAGCAGAUAACGCACCCAAGCCUGGACUGGAGGCUGACAAACAUCAAGAGAUGCAAAAGAAAUAUGUGUCCCUGCAAAAGUCCAAGAAAAAGGUCAAAAGUUCAGAAGACAAACGCAAAACAAGCCCUUAUUUCAGCAGGAAUCGUUUUGCAGACGAUGUCAGUCCUCCUCGCAGAAAGGCCUUCAAGAAGUGGACACCUCCUCGUUCUCCUUUUAACCUCGUACAAGAAACCCUCUUCCAUGACCCGUGGAAGCUCCUGGUGGCCACCAUUUUUCUGAACAAGACAAGUGGUAAGAUGGCCAUUCCAGUCCUCUGGCGAUUCUUUGACCUUUACCCGUCUGCAGAGGUGGCCCGCCAGGCCGAUUGGAAACCCUUAUCUGAACUCAUCAAGCCACUUGGCCUGUUUGAGAUCCGGGCCAAAAUAAUAAUCAGGUUCUCAGAUGAAUAUCUAAGCAAACAAUGGCGAUAUCCCAUCGAGUUGCACGGCAUUGGGAAAUACGGCAAUGACUCUUACAGAAUCUUCUGUGUAGACGAAUGGAGACAGGUGACACCUACAGAUCACAAAUUGAACAAAUACCAUGCCUGGCUUUGGGAGAACCAUGAGACUCUUGGAAUUUGAAGAGCGGUAUCCAGAGGCAGACCUUCACUGUUUAUCAUGAAUACAUCAGCCUUACUUUAGCAUUAUGUAAUACUUUUAAGAUGUCAUUUAAUACAUUUAUAUCGUUAAUAUUUCCCAAAUGGUUCAACUUAUGCAGAUUUAUUCAUUUGUGAAACACAUUUUCUUGAUUUUACAGCAGAAAGCAGGUAUUUGAUGGCAUGUGAGGGGCGGUCUAAAAUGUACUGUAUAUUAUUGACCUUCCAAUAUAUUGAAACACCCUGAUAACAGUUAUACCUAGAAGGGUCUAAUUGUUUUACAAUAUAGUCAGAAAAUACAGUAGAGCAGGGGUCCCCAAACUUUUUGACUCGUGGGCCGCAUUGGGUUAAAAGAAUUUGGCCUAUAGGGGCCGGGCUGUAUAUAUAUAUAUAUAUAUAUAUAUAUAUAUAUAUAUAUAUAU